CAGAAAAAAAAAUAAUUAAUAAUAAUUAACAUUGAUACAAUGUAUUAUUUUUUACAUUUUAUUUUUUUACAAAAAUCAGUUUGUAAAUUAUUUUCACUAUUAUUUUAUAAUAUUUGUUACAUAUCUAUUUACAAAAAUAGGGACAAUAAUUUUUUAAACACAACACUCAAAUGUUCACAUCGAUAUUUUUCAAAUGCACACAUCUUUAGACUAUUACGUUGCGAAUUUAACAAUUAUACACACAUUUUAUUCACUUUAUCGAUAUUAAUGUUAUAAGGGACAUGGCUGUCAUGUCUUCGAAAGAAAAACUCUACAUGACAAUGCGCUGCUCGAACAACUAAAGAGGAGAAGGGAUUCUUUGUCGCAUCGCGUCUGCGCAAAAAUACCAUAAUCACUGAUGGUUUUUUUCCCAGGGAAAAUCACUGAUAGUUAUAUUAAACAUAUAAUUUGGUUGUUUUAUGUUGCAAUCAGAGCGCUUGAUAGUUCAUAAUGCACGAACGAUUCACGUAAUCCUACACAGAAGAUCGUUUAAUAAUAAGGUAAUUUACAAAUUAUGUCUUUUUGAUAUUUCCGAUUCUUCGUAAUAUCCUGCAUUAUCGUCAUCAUGAUGCAGAAAAUCUGAGUGCAGUAAGAUUGUAAUAGCUACUAUAUAGAGUUCCGAUGGUAGUAAGGGGAGCCACAUAAUCUUUACAAAUUUGCGUAGAAUUGCAGCAAUUGCCAAUCGAAAUGGAUUUCUUUGACAACGAGUACUACGAGCUAACCCGGAAUUUAAUGGCGUCGAUCGGUCUGUGGCCUUACCAGAAGCCAGAACAUCGAAUUGUUCAAGGGCUCUGCGUAUCUUUUAUACUCAUUCUGGCUGUACUAGUACAGUUAACAACAUUUGUCACGCACGAAUAUAGUCUGAUGUUAUUAAUUGAGGUUUUCUCCUUUGUUAUUCUUUGUAUAAUUUAUGCUCUGAAAUAUAAUGUUGUGUAUUUUAAUUCUAACCAAGUAAAGAAACUCUUUGAUCAAAUUCAACGCGAUUGGAAUUUGAUAAAAGACAUGGACGAGUUAAAAAUAAUACAAAAAUAUGCGUACAAGGCCAGAUUUUAUACGAUGUUUGCUGGAUGUAAGUAAAAUUAAACACGAUUUUAU